UAUGUGACAAUUUCGUUAGUUUAGCACCCGAUUAGUUGAUGAAAACGCUAUGUGAUAAUCUCGCUAACAUAACGGAUAGACAAGUAAAUAAAUGUGCCGGCGUGACAUCAAAUCAGUGGCAUGCAAACACAUCUACAUACAUAAAUAAAUGCAUGCAUGUAUACAUAUACAUAUGUAUGUAGUAUAUCUGUUUGUCAAUACGUAAAUGAGUACAGUGAUUAGAAUGUGUGAAAUUUAAUUGUUAGCUGGCGUAGUUUGACAAAGAAUUGGCGUCAAUUGCUAACGGAAGUCUGUUUGACUAUCAAUCAAAAUACAUACAUACAUACAUAUACGAAACACCUACCAAGGCAAACACAAAAUUGCACCGCCUGCCUGAUUAGCAUCAUUAACUAACUGGUCGAAGGCAUAGCUACAAGAUGAUGACAAUGAAUGAGUUAGUGGACCUGCGAAUGCAGCAACAAAUUGCGCACGAGAUAUACCGACAGCAAAUUAUGCAACGUAUUCCAGAUCCUUUUCCGCCAAUGCUGCCUUUUCCUAUUCCGCGACACGUAAUAAUGCCACCGAGAAUCUCUUUGCCUGGAACAGAUGUGACCCUGCAAAACGAUCAGCUGUGGAAGCAAUUUCAUCAAAUCGGCACAGAAAUGAUUAUAACAAAAAGCGGCAGACGAAUGUUUCCAUCAAUGCGUCUUUCGCUUUCCGGCCUGGAGGAUGACUCUAACUACUGUGUUUUGUUGGAGAUGGUUCCGAUCGGCGAUUGUCGCUACAAGUUUUCUGGAUCUCAAUGGAUGCCUGCUGGCGGCGCGGAGCCUCAGAGUCCUCAACGGAUGUAUUUGCACCCAGAUAGUCCUGCAUCUGGGGCUCACUGGCAAGCGCAACCUAUUCUAUUUAACAAAGUGAAACUUACCAACAACACCCUGGACAGUAACGGUCAUAUUGUUUUGGCCAGCAUGCACAAGUAUCAACCACGCAUACAUGUGAUACGAACUGCAGACUUAACUCAAAUACCUUGGGCGCCACAACAGGCAUUUAUAUUUCCGGAAACCGAGUUUGUAGCAGUUACGGCAUAUCAGAAUGAUCGCAUCACCAAAUUGAAGAUCGACAACAACCCGUUCGCGAAAGGGUUCCGCGAAACAGGCCAAUCGCGAAGUAAACGCAAAAUGUCUUCAUCGCCUUCCGAUGAGGACUCUGAACAACAACAUCAACCGCAAUGCCAUCAACAACCUGGGCGCCACCACGGAGCAAGACAACUACAAUCGCAGUCACAAAGUCAUUCCCACAGUCAGCGUAGUGUUGUUGUGUCGCCGACAAUGUCAACAACGUUGGCAGUGACCAGCGAGUCGGCGGGAUCAUCAAUUUGUUCCGAUAAGGCGGCGCAUCCCAACAGCGACGACAUCGCCUAUGUAGACGUUGACAUUGUGGCGGCGAAUGCCGAUACAGAUGACGAUGGACCGCAAAUUAAGCGCCUGAGAUCAAAUGAGUCCGCCGGGUCGAUAGCAUCGACACCGCUGGAGGAGAUGAUCGUUAAUGCGCAUGCGGGCAGCGAACGCGCCUCUCAUUUGUUUGUGGCUGAAGAAACGAGUUUGCAACCGUCCUUAUUUGAAUGGUCGUCGCAGCUACCACAGCCGACGACUGCUGCUGGUGGUGGAGUUGUCUUCGCCAACGGUGGCCACACGUCAUUCAUGCAACAUUUACAGCAAAACAUGCAAUCAAUGCUGCGACCAACGCUUGUCGACUUGGCUUGUACCUAUUUCGGCCGAUCGCAGCCCAUUUAUGCACAAUACGGGCACCCACCAAACGCUGCCGCCGAAGAUCAAACAGUGGCCGCUGCAAUGCCAUCAGCUCCUGAGCAAUUUUCAUGUCCGCCGCUUGUCGAUUCAUCGACCACUGUAUAUGCCACCGAAAUUCCCCCUCAUUCGCUUGGCGUCGAAACUGUGGAGCCGCUGCCGCGAGCCAUUGAUAGCGAAGAGGGGAAAUCAAAUUCUGCAGUGGAAGCUAAUGUGACACAGAUGUUCCAACUGGAGAGCAUAAUAAGCCAUUCGCCACCCAAACGGAAAGGAUUUAGCAUUUCGGCCAUUUUAGGAGGUGGCAGCUAGCGCAACCAGCCAACGUUCUCGAACGUUAUCAGUUCUUCGAUACUAAAUUAUUAAAAUACUUCUUGCAUACUUCUAUAUGAAUCUA